UCGCAACUUUCAUGUUUUCUAUGGGGAAGAAGCGGUCUGGACUUGCGGUGGCGCUUGUAUUCUUAGUCUUGGUUCAAGUCUCUGUUUCAGUUCCGUUUAUAGUGCUUCAUGGAAUUGCAGCUUCUUGUUCUCAGGGUAAAGAAGCAAACUUCACGCAGCUUCUCACUAACCUCUCUGGCUCUCCUGGAUAUUGCAUAGAAGUUGGAAAUGGAAAACGUGAUUCAUGGUUCAUGCCACUUAUGAAACAAACGGAAAUAGUGUGUGAGAAGGUGAAACAAAUGAAAGAGUUGCGUAAAGGAUACAACAUUGUUGGAAGAUCUCAGGGGAAUCUAGUGGCUAGAGGCUUGAUAGAGUUCUGCCAUGGUGGACCUCCUGUUUUCAACUAUAUAUCUUUAGCAGGUCCUCAUGCUGGAAUCUCCUCUGUUCCUUUGUGUGGUAAUGGAUCAUUGUGUGAAAUAGCAGAUAAGCUGAUCAAGUCAGAAAUCUAUAGCGACUUCAUUCAAAAUCAUCUUGCUCCUAGUAAUUAUCUCAAAAUCCCUACUGAAAUAAACAAGUAUCUAGAAAAGUCUAAGUAUCUACCUAAGCUUAACAAUGAGAUACCAAACCAAAGAAACUCCACUUACAAAGAGCGUUUCACCAGUUUACACAACUUGGUUCUUGUCAAGUUUCAAGACGAUAAGGUUAUUGUUCCACAAGAUUCAUCUUGGUUCGGGUUUUAUCGGGAUGGUGCAUUCAAACCACUUCUCUCUGCCCAACAGACAAAGCUAUAUACAGAAGACUGGAUUGGUUUGAAAACAUUGGAUGAUGCUGGAAAAGUGAAGUUUGUUAGUGUAAAGGGUGCACACAUCAUAAUGGCUGAUCUCGAUGUUGUCAAAUACGUCGUGCCUUAUCUCCAAAAUCAUCCGUCUUUUCAACAAAAAAGAUUCAACCGCAAAACGAAGGAGACGUUGCGUCCUUAAAAGCUUAGUGACGAUUGUGUAGAACAAGAAUUCUUAUUCAAUGGAGUAUAAUAUAGAUACGUGC